AUGCAGACAGGCCAACUGAACGUCGGCCGGACCGAACUGAAGAUCGAAACGGGCAAGCUGGCGAAGCAGGCAGACGGCUCCGUGGUCGUGCGCUACGGAGAGACGGUUGUGCUCGUGACCGCCUGCUGCGCACCGACCGGGCGCGAGGGUAUCGACUUCCUGCCGCUCACCGUCGACUAUCGAGAGAACACCUACGCGUCAGGACGCAUUCCGGGCGGGUUCUUCAAGCGCGAAGGCAAACCGACCGAGAAGGAAGUACUCACCAGCCGGCUCAUCGAUCGGCCGAUCCGUCCGCUGUUUCCGGGCAGCUGGAACCGGGAAACCCAGGUCGUCGCGCUGGUGCUGUCGGCGGAUGCGGACAACGACUCCGAUGUGCUGGCGCUCACUGGCGCAUCCGCCGCGCUGGCCAUCUCCAGGAUCCCCUUCCAGAAGACGAUUGCGGCAGUGCGGGUGGGCCAGGUCGACGGCGAACUGCUGAUCAACCCGACGUACUCCGAGCGCGCGCGGAGCCGGCUGGACCUGGUGAUUGCCGGCAGCCUCGACGCGAUCGUGAUGGUGGAAGCCGGUGCGAAGGAGGUCUCGGAAGACGAGAUGCUCGAGGCGCUCGCGGCCGGCCACGACGCGAUCAAGCAGAUCAUCGGCACGAUCGACGAACUGGCCGCCGCCCCAGGCAACGAAGCCGCUGUGCUGGGGCCGCUGGCCGACGCAAUGCGGAUUCGGGGCAAGCUCGAGAACUACGCGCGCGUGGACCAGGUGGUGGACGCCUACAUCGCCACGAUUCCCGACACCGAACCCGACCGCCGCGGCGCGGCGAAGCGGAUCAUCAAGGACCUGAAGGAAAAGGUGCUGCGCGACGAAGUGCUGGAGCGCGGCCAGCGGCUCGACGGGCGCCGCUUCGACGAAAUUCGGGAGAUCUGGUCGGAGGUCGGCAUGCUGCCGCGGGUGCACGGGUCCGCGGUGUUUACGCGCGGCGAAACGCAGGCGCUCGUGACCGCCACGCUCGGCACGGCGGACGACCAGCAGAAGAUCGAGCAUGUCAACGGCGAGACGUACAAGCGCUUCCUGCUGCACUACAACUUCCCCCCCUUCUCCGUGGGUGAAGUGAAGUUCCUCCGCGGACCGGGGCGCCGCGAGAUCGGCCACGGCAAUCUCGCCGAGCGCAGCCUGAGCCCGAUGGUCCCGGGCGAGGACUCAUUCCCCUAUACGCUACGCGUUGUCUCCGACAUCCUCGAAUCGAACGGAUCGUCGUCGAUGGCCACGGUCUGCGGGGCGACUCUGGCGCUGAUGGAUGCCGGCGUGCCGCUCAAGGCGCCGGUGGCCGGCGUGGCGAUGGGACUCAUCAUGGAGGAAGGCGGCAGCCGCUACGCCGUCCUGUCCGACAUCGCCGGCGCCGAGGACCACUACGGGGACAUGGACUUCAAGGUGGCCGGCUCGGCGAACGGCAUUACCGCCCUGCAAAUGGACAUCAAGAUGGCCGGCGUGCCCACGGCGGUCAUGCGCGAGGCGCUCGCGCAGGCGCGGACGGGCCGUCUGGCGAUUCUGGAAAAGAUGCAGGCGACCAUUGCAGCUCCGCGCGAUUCCAUUUCGACCCACGCACCGCGGAUCGUGACGAUCACCAUCCCCGUCGACAAGAUCCGCGACAUCAUCGGACCCGGCGGCAAGACGAUUCGCAGCAUUGUGGACCGGACCGGCGUGAAGAUCGACGUCGAGGACGACGGGCGCGUCAACAUCGCCUCGACGGACAGCGACGCGGCCCAGAAGGCCAUCACCAUCAUCGAGGAGUUGACGGCCAGCCCCGAGCUGAACAAGACGUACCUUGGGAAGGUCCAGCGGAUCACCGACUUCGGUGCGUUCGUGGAGAUCCUGCCCGGCAUCGACGGACUGCUGCACGUCUCAGAGAUUGCGCACUACCGCGUCAGCGCGGUGACCGACGAGUUGCAGGAAGGCGAUCAGGUGCUCGUCAAGGUCAUCAACGUCGACCCGUCCGGCAAGGUGCGGCUGAGCCGCAAGGCGCUGCUGCCGGAGCGGGACCGGACCCGGCGGCGGGCGGCCGCAGACACCGUCCGCACGCGCGCAACCGGUCCAAUCGCGAGCACGUGA